UGAUCCUAAGUUAUUCAUCACGAUGCAUCCCACCACUAAGCCAAUCAUGGCAGAAAAGCGCAUGAGGUACGAUGAGGUCGCGUGGAAGAAAAGUGACGAAACAUUUGCAGCCUGGAGGAAAAGGCUGUUCAAUGAAAAGGUCUUUCGAGACAUUGGCGCGCUGAUUAUCAGGCACCGUGGAGGACCGGCCGAGGAGCUGUUCCCUCCAAGAAAAGGAUCAUUCAAUGUCAUUCUCCGAAUGAAAUUCCUCGAUGGUGGAUCAGCAGUCAUCCGCUUCCCGGCUGCGGGCUUUUCGAUGUUUCCAGAGGAGAAGUUGCUCAGAGAGGUCUCUGUGAUGCGAUUCAUCGAAUACAACACAUCAAUUCGGGUUCCGCAUGUUCUGUAUCAUGGAAAGUCUGAGGAAAUCCCGGCCGGACUGGGGCCGUUUAUCAUUAUGGAAUAUUUGGAAAACGACUCCGAUAUCAUCGAUGCCCUAAACAUUCCAGGUCGCGCGGAUGAGGACCGACCUAUCCUGGAUCCUAAUAUCUCCGACGAAAGGCUCAGGUUCGCUUACAGUCAAAUGGCAGAGAUUUUGCUUCAGCUGGGCAGGCCUUCUUUCAGCAAGAUUGGCUGCUUAACAAGCAAUGGAGAUGAGGACUUUGAGGAAUGGGACGUCACACACCGUCCUCUGACCAUCAACAUGAACGAGCUCGUCCAGCUUGGUUGUGUUCCCGAGCAUCUCCUCCCACAGCAACCAUUCGAAACCGCGUCUUCCUAUUUUCUGGCGCUUGCAGAGCUACAUAUGACCCAUCUCUCCUCGCAGCGUAACGACGCGUUUGACUCUGAAGAGGAAUGCAGGACCAAAUAUAUUGCAAGAUGCUUAUUCCGGAAACUUGCACGAGAGAAUCGACUUUGUUCACAUGACAAUGGUCCCUUCAAGCUUUUCUGUGAUGAUCUGCGCCCUGCCAAUGUUCUCGCGAACUCAGAGUACAACUACGCCGUUGUUGGGGCGAUUGACUGGGAGUUUACCUAUGCUGCUCCAACUGAAUUUGUGCACAGUCCUCCGUCAUGGCUGCUGCUCGAGCGUCCAGAAUACUGGGAAGCUGGUCUGAAUGACUGGACACGAGCUUACCAAGAACGCCUACCAGUAUUUCUAGAAGAGCUCCAGGUGCGGGAAGAUGUGGCUAUCCAGCGGGGAAUCAUGUCCGAGAAAGAUCGACUGUCUCAGCACAUGAAAACGAGCUGGGAGAGUGGUGAUUUCUGGGUCAGCUAUGCAGCGAGGAGGAGCUGGGCUUUUGACAUGAUCUACUGGGCGAGAAUUGAUCGUCGAUUCUUUGGAACAGGCGAUUUACAGGACCGCCUAAGCCUGUUGACUCGGGAAGAAAGACAGGAGAUGGAAGGGUUUGUGCAGAGAAAGAUGGCGGAGAAUGUUGGUCUUUAAUUGUUCACAUCGAGCUUCAUCACCAUCCUUACACUAUCAUGUCCCACUAGCAAACCAUAACCUUGUGUU